GGAUAUCACGGCCAUUAUUGAUGAUUCCUGUGUUGCUGCGUCAGUGUACGUACGGACGGGUUUGUCAGCCAAUUCUCUCUAGGUCUUUUUUCCUGAAAUUUUACACAACCAGAAACAUGUCUCAGAGCCAGCCUCGUCAAAACUUUCAUGAGGAAAGUGAAGCAGGGAUUAACCGCCAGAUAAACAUGGAACUAUACGCCUCGUACACAUACCAGUCUAUGGCAUUGUACUUUGAUCGGGACGAUGUAGCCUUGCCUGGUUUCUCCAAGUUCUUCAAGCAUUCGUCCGAUGAAGAGCGAGAACAUGCCGAGAAGCUAAUGAAAUAUCAGAACAAAAGAGGAGGGCGUAUUGUGCUCCAAGACAUCAAGAAACCUGACCGCGAUGAGUGGGGAACAGGACUUGAUGCCAUGCAGGUAGCGCUGCAGUUAGAGAAGAGUGUCAACCAAUCCCUGCUUGACCUUCACAAAGUUGCCGACAGUCACUCAGAUGCUCAGAUGACUGAUUUCCUGGAGUCUAACUACCUUGAGGAGCAAGUAGAUGCCAUUAAGGAGAUCUCGGAUCACAUCACCCAGCUGAAGCGUGUGGGGUCUGGUCUGGGAGAGUACAUGUACGACAAACAGCUCCAGAGCUAAAAACUCCACACAAAAGCCAGUACAAACUAACAACGGUUUUAAUUUUAUUCUUCUGGACUAACAUGACUUUUUAAAGUUUUCUACUUUGUUCUGUAUAUAAACAGUUUAUGAGAAAUUGAUAUUUCGACUGGCUCAUAUAUUACUUUGAAAAAAAAAAAUCAUUAAAAAAAAGAGCAAAAUGUUCUUGAAAGUU